UAUAACCCCACUCUUUUUAGUAUGAUACUUUUAACAGCUCUUCUGGUUUUUCCCGCAAUCUUUCAUGUUAUAGAAACAAGUGACUGUAAGUCAAGGAGGGAAUUGCAAAGAACGGUCAGCAAUAUAACCGCUCCGGGAUACUACGAAGUGCAAUGUGACUCGGAGGACGAGAACAAGUACGUGCCUAAGCAGUGCUGGCCGAGUACCGGGCGGUGCUGGUGUGUAGACACCUACGGCGAGACCAUCCCCGGCACUCACGUUAAUCCAGGACAACCAGCUCCUGCUUGUGGAACGUUUGGACACUGUACUGCAGCUGAGCAAGAGCUUUUGAAAGGUCUUGAAAACAAGAUGCCACCUAUGGGAGCCUACAUGCCGAUAUGUGACGAAUCCGGGAACUACGCCAAGUCACAGCGCUGGGGUAGCACCGGCCAGUCGUGGUGUGCGUCAGUCAAUGGUAACAGGGUGCCUGGUACAACUACAGGACCUAUUGAACAGGCAUGGGAUUGCGAGAACCUACCAGCGUGCCUAGAUAAGGAAGCCUCUCUGGCUCACCUGCUGGUGGAAAAUAUUUACCCCUUUGGGCUGGACCGGCCGGAAUGUGACGGGGAGGGAAAGUUCGCACCCACACAGUGUCAUGGUAGUACCGGUCAUUGCUGGUGCGUGGAUACCGAGAGUGGCCAGGAGAUCGAGGAUACCAGACAAGGACCCGGUGAAGGGGACGGUCCUCUGGACUGUGUUAAAGCUAUAGAUAAAAACACAUUUGACGAGGCUACCGCAAGCUCUUGUCAGAGACUCUUUAACGCGCAGAUGAAACAUCUUAACAGCUUCGAACGCCCUCUACUUGGUUUCUGGAGUAUAAAGUGUGAGGAAGACGGUAGUUUCUCCCCCUCUCAGUGUCACCCCAGCACUGGACACUGCUGGUGUGUUGAUGAGUUUGGUAAUGAGCUUCCCGGAUCCAGGUCCACUCCUGGGUCUCCUCGUGUUCCUUGCCUCAAAAAGCAACCCACGUGCUCUGAACGUAAAGCUGAUCUUGAUAAAGAAAUAGAGGAUUUCAUGUUCAUUGGAAUGUUCAGCCCCAAGUGUGAUGAGGAUAGUAGUUACAUGACAAAGCAGUGUUGGCCGAGUACUGGGCAGUGUUGGUGUGUAACUAAAACAGCCGGUACUGAGAUAGCUUACACCCGACGGGGACCAACCCAGAAACCGGACGAGUUGGACUGCUCGGGAGUUUCUCAACCUCCUCCCCCAAUGAAGGUGGGUGAACUACGAGACGACCCUGGCAGUGAUGCUUCUCAGACAGAGGCCGUGAAAGGAACCAGCUCAUCUCUCAUCGCUAUUAUCGCUGUGCUAGCGUGUGUGCUGGUUGUGGUUAUUGUUGGUGGUUUUAUCCUGUACAGACGCAGUAGAACCAGCGGCGCAAAGUAUACUGAAGUAACAGCCGAGAACCCGGAAUUGUGAGAAGAUAAUAUCUAGAUUAAUAUCAAGACUAAUGACUGUUAUUUAAUCUUGCCGGAGCAGGUGUUUUACUUUUAGGAAUUUUUAGCAAUAAAUUUUAUCGUAGAUAUGCAUUUGUUUUCAAUACCAGUCAAUAUUCGGCAAUAUUUAAAUAUUGAGCUGGUGAUUGAAAGAAAAAAUAUAAGGAUUUAUAACUAUUUAAUGUUACAAUUUGUAAUUAUAAUAUGUAUUAGUUCCCUUUCAUUUAAAAAACGUAUUAAUUUAAUAUUUGAUUUUCACUAAUCGUUUUAUUGAUUGAUUUUUCGUGAUUAUUAUGAUCAGACUUUUGUUACUUCGGAUUCCGAUUAUACUAAA